UACUAAGAUCCUGUCCAAUAAUUGAAUUCGCGAAACAAAUAUUAAAAAAAACACAAUUGCAAAAUUAACUAGACAAUAAACAAUAAAAAUAUUUGUAACAUUUACACGGAACAAUUCCAACGUCUGUAACCGUUCCUGAAGGGGAAACGUACAAUUCAAAAGUCCGUUUACAACCGUCUGUCUUAUUUCUCAGCAUGACAAAAGCUCGCUACCUUUUCCCAGCUGUUUGUGUAUGUUGUUUUACCACUUCAGCUGUCAAGCACAACAAAAAAAGAUCGUAUGUCAAUUAGUUUACGAUUAGUUUUUUUUAGGAAACAAAAUAACAAAAGACUUCCUAAAUUUGCACGUUUUACUGGUCCUCCGUUAGCUGGUAGCAUCCAGAACCUGGUGUAGCUGAUAAUCUGCUAGUGCUUACCGUCGGUGCCGUUCAGUACGCACACCGGAACGAGAACCCGCACCCGGGGACUGUGGACGAAUAUGAGUGGCUAGCAGCAAGCAAGUGCAUUUGUUGGUGACCCAGCAUCGCGGCAAGGACAUUCCUUACGAAGCGGUUGUUACACCACAUUCGGGCAGGGCGUAGAAGAUUCGCACCAUUUGUGUAUCGUUUCUGCCGAAAGGCGUGCUGCCAGGGCCAGCCAAGGCUUAUCGUUCUGGAUGAUUUACUCAACGGUUUGCCGCAUCGAUUGCGCGCCCCAUUGCACGGCCGAUCCCUGUUCGGUUGGCUUCGCGUGCAUUGGAUGUGACUGGUUGGGCAAUCGUUUCUAACAUCCUUCCUCUCUGUACAUCCUUCACAACAACAACAGAACAGACAAACACCUCCACAGUAAUAACACAUUACACAUUGGAACCCUUCCCUUGGUUGCUGGCCAUACUUCAUCUCACAGCCGUCGCCAACACUAAACUCGCGUGAAAGCAAUGAACACCAGCCUUUCCACGGAAAUACCGUACUCGAACGAUGGUGACCACCGUAGCAAACCGACGAACGCAUCUCACAAUAACAACGGGUCCUGCGUUAAUGCGCACGAUGGUAACACGGACGCCCACAGUCAGGACCGGUUUGCCUUUGCCUGUGAUGAUCCACCGUCCGAUACGCGGUUGCAUCCUUCCGACAGCUUAGAGGACGAUCUGGAAGAUGUGUACAAAACGUGCAACAGCCAGUCGGCCGUCGAAUGGAUCAACGAUGAUGACGAGCUGGAACGGUUGGAUCUGCCAAUCGAAACCCUUGACCCGACCGGUACCGUUUUCAACCGGGUGGAUAGCUCCGACAUCAUUUACCAGGAGAAGAAAAAGAAAUGUAAACUGGUCGGCAAGUACGUAAUGGGCGACGUGCUCGGUGAAGGCAGUUACGGAAAGGUGAAGGAGGUGCUUGAUUCGGAAACGCUUAAUCGGCGCGCAGUAAAGAUUCUAACCAAACGCAAACUACGACGCAUUCCAAAUGGCGAGCAGAAUGUGCGGAGCGAAAUAAAGCUGCUGCGCAAGUUGCAGCACCGCAACGUGAUCGAGCUGCUGGAUGUGCUGUACAAUGAGCAGAAGCAGAAGAUGUAUCUCAUCAUGGAGUAUUGCGUCGGUGGGCUACAGGAAAUGCUGGACUCGGUGCCGGAAAAGCGGCUACCGAUACACCAGGCGCACGACUACUUCGUCCAGCUGCUGGACGGGCUGGAGUACCUGCACGGUCGUGGCGUCAUACACAAGGACAUCAAGCCGGGCAAUCUGCUGCUUACGCUGGAUCAUACACUGAAAAUAUCGGACUUUGGUGUAGCGGAAGCACUUGACUCUUUCGCCCCUACGGAUGAAUGUACGACUGGCCAAGGGUCACCAGCCUUCCAGCCGCCGGAAAUUGCGAAUGGACAUGAGGUAUUCUCAGGUUUUAAAGUUGAUAUCUGGAGCACGGGCGUUACACUGUACAAUAUAACUACCGGAUUGUAUCCGUUCGAAGGUGAUAAUAUUUAUAAACUGUUAGAAAACAUAGGUAAAUGUGAAUGGAAUCCGCCGGAAUGGUUAGAGCCCCGGCUGGCCGAUUUGCUCGUAAACAUACUGCAGGCGGAUCCACGAAAACGGUUCACCCUGCAACAGAUACGGCACCAUGAAUGGUUCCAGUUUGCACCGGAUGCAACGAGCCCGCUCGUACCGAUACCACCGUUAAAAGGCGAUUGGAAUAGAUGUUCCACCGUGUUGCCUUACCUGAUAGCUCACCACUAUGAGAAAGAUCGUGACAUGCCGUACUACACGGAGCACGAUGUAAAUGAAAUGGCUCGCCAACAGCACGAUCAUUACACGGAUGAUGGACUGUACGAUCGCACCUACCUGGUAGCACCAACGAUGGAAUCAUUAUCGUUCCAUUCGGACGAUCCCGGCAGUGAAACGGGAACGACGAGACGUGCCUACCAUCAUCAACAGCAGAACAGUGGCAGUGGCCGUUCCACCGUAGAGAAACGACCGUCGCGAAGCUUCUCGCUGUCACCGAAACCGAGCAUAAAGCACAUGAUCGGUAGCAGCUGUCCGGCAACGACGGGCAACAGCAGCAAACGACGCUCGCGCAAAACCGUCUCCUGUAUAUCGUGGCGCAAGUGGCCCCACUGCCGCCAGUCUUGAAGAGAUCGCGGGCGUGGAGGCGUACCGGGUUUGCUUCGUUUGAAGAUUUUUCCCCCUCGUAAUUAGUACUAUUACAGCGACGACGCACCUCAGAGAAAGGGAGAGAAUUUAGCUAAUGGGAACCCCGAGAUACCCCGUUCAAUGCAAGGAAGGAAUUAUUUACUCAGGUUUCGUAAGCCGAAUCGGGAUGAUUCUACCAGCGAAAGUGUUACAGUGCCCGUUUUUUAUGGUUUAAUUGGUUGUUUAGUAGCGUAAAUCUCUUGCAGUUGGUAUAGUUUGGUUUUUUGUUGCUGUCAAACAAAUCUCUUCAAAAUGAAGCGUUUUAUUUUACUCUUCCAGCUCUGUACAGUAGUUUAGUUUAUAUACACACACACACAGAGAAAUUCGUGCUUUGUCGAACCUGUUUUUAUGAAACAAAAUACCUUACAAUUCGUACAGUUUUAUUCGAUUUAACAAAAACCCAUCGCGGUUGAUAUAAAUGUGCAUUAUGUUUGGUCCCGGUAUAUUUGCUCGUCCCCGCAUGAUUCCGUACCAUUGCGUACGCAUAUUUGUGUUUUUAUGUAUGACACAAAAAAUGGGCGUUAAACUCCACUAAGGGUUUUUGUUCUGUUCUGGUACGAAAGCAUAACCAAAGCGGUACACUCAACCGUGUUUCAGUAAUUAGUUUUAAAAUGAGACACUCGCCAAUUCGCCGGGCGUCGUUUGAACAAAAACACACCAAAAAGGCAAACCCAUUCUGUACAUAACGAGGAUGUUACUUUUACGCGUGGUUUUUUGUUUUGUAUAUAGAGUUGUGUGGGCAGUCAAUUUCCGAUUCGCGGCGAUCGAUGCUUGAGCGUAGUAAAGUUUACAUCAAGAGCAAUAGCUAGGGCGAUCAGCAAAAAAAUGCAUGAAAAAAAGAAGAAUAUGACACGUUACAAGUUUCCUAGUCACAUGUAAUCAUUUCGUGGUUAAAUUUACCAGCAUCAUUUCGAUUUCGAUUGACAAAAAAAGUAACAAAACAAAACAAAAAGAAAUCGUUUAAACACAGUGGCGCGCGCAUUAGUAGCACCGCCACAGCGCGCAUUGCAUCAAACAGUCUUCCUUGCCAUAUAGAGAGAGAAAAAAAAACAAAUAUCGUAGAAAGCACACACGGACGGGUGAUCUUCGCCGCACCAACUACUCGCGCUAGUACGCCGCGGAGUACGAUGAGGCUUUAAAACUGCAAAAUAAAACAAAACUCGACUCAUGCAAACAGCAACUGUUCACUGGUUUAGAGAGAAGACAAGAUAUAACUUUGUAAAGAGACACAGAAAACGUAACGCUUACUGCAAAAGCCACACAUUCUUAAUUUAGUUCGCUAAAGAAUUGAAAGACAGAAAGAGUAAUGUGUGAUCGGAAGCGAUACAUUAAGAAAUGUUAAUUAGACGGCAGAAGACAGGCUGGUUAAGCGAAAGUAUAGUUUAAGAGAACACACAAAAGAGGAGAACCAUAUUGCUGGUAUUGGAAGAUAUAAUUUUGUAAUUUAUCACGAAGGAAAUAAACAACAACAAAAAAAAAACAUGCGUUGAAUAAAUAAAUUUAAAAACAACAA